GACAAUGCCCUGGAGCCGCCAGACCGUCGUGCCCCCGACCCACCGUAGUACUUGAGCUCGCCUACCCGGGGACCACUGAAAGCCAAAGCUCCGGUCCCCGACGCUUGAAGGCUACUACUCUCUUCUUCACCAACUCUGUCCUUAAGCGGGGUGGGGCUCCAGCCAAGAUCACUGAGCGGCAAGAGCAGCGGUGGCCGCUGGAGACAGGUGAAGUAGAAAGAGAAAACUAAGAAAUCAGCGCAGCCGGAGGGGGCGUCUGUGUGGAUGGGAUGGGGACGCCAGGGGAGGGGCUGGGCCGCUGCUCCCAUGCCCUGAUCCGGGGGGUCCCGGAGAGCCUGGCGUCGGGGGAGGGUGCAGCAGCUGGCCUCCCGGCUCUGGACCUAGCCAAAGCUCAGAGGGAGCAUGGUGUGCUGGGGGGUAAGCUGAGGCAGCGACUGGGGCUGCAACUAGUAGAACUGCCUCCUGAAGAGUCGCUGCCGCUGGGACCGCUGCUCGGUGACACCGCCGUGAUCCAAGGGGAUACAGCUCUAAUCACGCGGCCCUGGAGCCCCGCCCGCAGGCCGGAGGUCGAUGGAGUCCGCAAAGCCCUCCAGGACCUGGGGCUCCGAAUUGUGGAGAUGGGGGACGAGAACGCGACCCUGGAUGGCACUGAUGUUCUCUUCACCGGCCGGGAGUUUUUCGUAGGCCUCUCCAAGUGGACCAAUCACCGAGGAGCUGAGAUCGUGGCGGACACGUUCCGGGACUUUGCCGUCUCCACGGUGCCUGUCACAAGCUCCUCCCACCUGCGUGGCCUCUGCGGUAUGGGGGGACCCCGCACCGUGGUGGCAGGUUCGAGCGAGGCUGCCCAAAAAGCUGUCAGGGCAAUGGCAGUGUUGACUGAUCACCCCUAUGCCUCCCUGACCCUCCCAGAUGAUGCAGCAGCUGACUGUCUCUUUCUGCGUCCUGGGCAGCCCGGCCUGCCCCCUUUCCUCCUGCACCGCGGAGGCGGGGACCUGCCCAACAGCCAAGAGGCACUGCAGAAGCUCUCUGACGUCACCCUCGUACCUGUGUCCUGUUCAGAACUGGAGAAGGCUGGCGCUGGGCUCAGUUCCCUCUGCCUGGUGCUCAGCACACGCCCUCACAACUGAGAGCCCAGCCUGGGGGUCCUGGCUGACCAGGGGUAGAAUGGCAUAGGAGUAGAAGGGGAAGGAAGGUUAGAUAGAGGAUGGUGAUUAGGCAGUAGUGGGGAGAAGGCCCCAUAUAGAGGAGGGCAGAGUGAGAAAAAGGACAGAGGCCACUGGGUGAGUCGUCUCCUCAAGAACUAAUAAAAUAGAACUGAC